AUGGAGUCAAUUUUAGAUUCCAAUAAGGACUUUGACAUUCAGUUAUUUGAUAGGGUUGUUGAAGCAUUUUAUAAGGGGCAUGGCAAAGAACAAAACGAUGCGCAGACCAUUUUAACCAAGUUUCAAGCUGAUAACAACUCAUGGCAAAGAACUGAUCAGAUAUUACAGUAUUCUGAAAAUAUCCAAUCAAAGUUCAUAGCACUAUCGAUAUUAGACAAUUUAAUUGUUUCCAGAUGGAAUAUGUUACCAAACGAUCAGAAAAUAAACAUUAGAACUUUUAUUGUUGGGAUGAUAUUGUCAGUUUGUAAUGAUGAUUCUCUGUUCAAUUCCAAUAGAGAACUUAUUAACAAAGCAAAUCUUGUUCUGGUUCAAAUAAUAAAAAAAGAUUGGCCUGCAAGAUGGUCAAAUUUUUUACCUGAGUUAAUUGACAGUUCGAAAUACUCUGAAAAUAUUUGUCAAAACAACCUUGAAAUAUUGAAAGUUCUUGCAGAAGAGAUCUUUGAAUAUUCCUCCGAAAAGCUUACUCAAGCUAAAGUUAUAAAACUAAAAGUGUCCAUGACUUCUGAGUUUCCACUAAUUUAUGAAUUUUGUCAUGACAUAUUAGCGAACACUGAUUCUUCUCGUCUAAUAAAUUCUUCAUUAAACACUUUAUUGUGCUAUAUUAAUUGUUUUCCAAUUAAUUACAUUUUUGACUCUAAUAUUUUGGAUCUUCUGAGUCUUCAAUAUUUCCCAGAACCUGAAACUAGAUUAGUAGCAUUGAAAUUUUUGACAGAAGUAUCAAUGUUAAAUUUGAAUGGAAACAAAACAUAUUUGGAGAAGAUAAUAAAGUCAAUAGAAAAUGUAAUGAAUAUCACAGCCUCCAAUUUAAUACAACCGGAUUGUGACCUUAGUGUAAUAUAUAAUGAAUUUAAUAUUUCUGAUCAAAGGUUUUUUCGAAAUUUUACAAUUUAUCUUACAACUUUCCUACAAAACUAUAGAGAGUUUUGUGAUGAAAACAGAUCUUUCGAUGAUUUAAUGAUUGCGUUACACAUUUGUUUGAUGAAAUUAUCAUACAUUAACGAAAAGGAAAACUUUAAAAUUGUAUUGGAUUAUUGGCACAAUUUUGUAGCAGAUUUAUACCACGAGAUCCAGAGGUUACCUAUCUUUGAUUUAGCUACUGCAGCCAGUAGUGGAGCGGUUAACCCAUCUUUUUAUAAAAACUUCCCUUUAACGAAACAUAGAUAUGAUGACAUCUGUUCUCAGUUAAGAGUUCUGAUCGUUGAAAAAAUGGCAAGGCCAGAAGAAGUUUUUAUAGUCGAGAAUGAUGAGGGUGUGAUAAUAAGAGAAUACAUGAAGGACUCUGAUAUAAUUCAAACAUACAAUACAGAAAGAAGUACUUUAGUGUAUUUAACUCAUCUAGAUGUAAGGGAUACCGAGAAGAUAAUGUUAGAUAAAUUACUAAAACAAGUUGAUCAAUCAGAAUGGUCUCGUCAAACUUUAAAUACUUUAUGUUGGGCUAUAGGAUCAAUAUCAGGUACAAUGGUAAUAGACGAAGAACGUGAUUUUAUUAUUUCUAUAAUAAAAUAUUUACUUGAGUUACAUGAUAAAAUAGAAGGGGGAGAUAACAAACGAAUUGUGUCAUCUAACAUUAUGUAUGUAGUUGGUCAAUAUCCACGUUUUUUAAAAUCACAUUGGAGUUUUUUAAAAACAAUUAUAGAUAAACUAUUCGAAUUUAUGCAUGACAAAAAUAGUGGUGUUCGUGAUAUGGCCUGCGAUACUUUUAUUAAAAUAUCCCAAAAGUGUAAAGGUUCUUUCCUCACAACUCAACCAUAUCAGUCAGACCCUUUGAUUGAAACUAUUAUUUCUGACAUUAUUAAUAUUACUUGUGACUUAGAGCCCCAACAAGUUUUAAUAUUUUACCAUGCAUGUGGUAUUAUUGUUGCAGUCCAAGGUAAGCAAGCAACUAGACGACAGCUAUUAUCCAAUUUGCUGGAACUACCGAAUACCACUUGGUCUCUAAUUACAAAAAAACAUGGAUUGAAUACCAAUGAAUUUUGGGAUAUGGAAAAGAUCAAGAUAGUAGCUAAUAUUAUCAGAAUAAACACUGUAGUUUGCUCAGAACUUCACACUUCUUUUUGCACACAACUCAUUCAUAUUUAUCCAUAUUUAUUAAAAAUAUACGAUUCAAUAACCGCCAUUAUUUCAGAAAAAAUAUCAACUAACGGCGAUAGUGUUAUCAAAACACCAUUUCUACGUGGAUUAAGGACAAUUAAGAAGGAGAUUUUGAAGUUGGUCCUAUCUUAUGUUUCAGAAGCAACAAAUUUAAAUGAUGUCGUUGAAGACCUCAUUGAUCCAUUGUUACCUUUAGUAUUAAGAAAUUAUAUCGACAGUACACCCAAUGCUCGAGAUUACGAAGUUCUCAGCUGUAUGGCUGGUAUAGUGAAGAGAAUAGGUCAUGAAAAUCCAAAGAUAUCUUUGAUUAUAUUCCGAAAUAUUUUUGAGACUACAUUGGAUAUGAUCAAUAAGGAACUGGUCGAAUACCCAGAAUACCGUAUCGAGUUUUAUAAAUUUCUACACUCUGUGACUGCAGUUGCAUUUAGUAUUUUUGCAGAAUUGCCAGCCUUUGAAUUUAAUUUAUUUAUGAAUUCCAUAUUCUGGUCUUUUAAGCAUAAAAUUUUAGAAGUUGAACUUGAAGGUUUACAGAUAACGAUUGAACUAUUGCAUAAUUUUGAGAAUAUGGAAGGAAACGAACAGUUUAAGUCCUAUUUUUAUAGAACAUAUUAUUGUACUAUUUUGAGUGAAGUAUUUUACGUAAUAACCAAUUUAGAACAUAAAUCAAGUUUUUCUAAACAUUGCAUUUUAUUGAUGAAGUUAUUUAAAUUGGUAGAAAAUAAUUUGAUUAAAGUUUCACUUUCGGACGAUAAUUUGACCAUUAUAAGUAAUCAAGAAUACGUUCACAAUUUCUUGCGAAAUUUGUUUACGAACAAUUUCCCUCAAUUGUCGCAAAAGCAAAUUGAACUUUUCUUAAGUGCAUUAAUAAAAAAUGUUAACGAACAUAUAAGAUUUAAAGGUAUCCUAAGAGAUUUUCUAGUCCAAAUCAAAGAAUAUGGUGGAGAUCCUGUCGAUUUUUUGUUAGAGGAAGAUAAUGAGGAAACUAAUCAAAAUUUACUUCUUAAUGCUGAUAUGUUUUUAAUAGCCGGAAUGCAAAGACCCUAUGAGAUCGAUGACGUUGAAAUGUAG